UAAGGAAAUGGCUUAGGUACACAUCUCUUCCUGAAAUGAAAGUGGCGCAGCUUUUAUUCUCGACAGGUUUCGUUGUCGUUAGUCGUCUGUAUAGGUGGGAAGUGUUGUUAAUGAGUUACACGAAUACGCGCCAUAAACUGGGGAAAUAUUCAAACUUUUAUGCUAGCAGUAACUCGGGACGACAGUUCCCUUAACUUACUUCAUUUGAAAAACAGGCAAACCUAACCUUCGUAGAGACGAGGCGCACUGCCGAAACAAACAUGGAGGCAUUUAAGGGAUGCAUAAACCACUCUCUUUAAUUCGGCUUACUUAAUUAGUUUUCAGUGUAGGAAUAAAUCGCCCAGUAGCAGUGACAGUGCAGUUUGCUGAAGGUCGAGCUGAAGAUACCGUGCUCAGUGACGCGUUGAGUAACGAGACGUGUCCCGUGAACCACCGCAGUUACCUUUGCCACGGACUUUUAACUCGCAGCAGAUGCAGCGGGCUGCUGGCCCUUCAUCUCCCAGCUGUUCCUCCCCCUCCCACUGCUUCCCCCUCAGCCACCGCAAUGCAGCCCCAUGUGGAAGUGAGAGUCCAGCUGAGCCAGAGAAACACGAAGUGAGAGCAGAUCAUUCUCCUACAGAUCUCUCCAGGAUGAGGUCCAUCGUGAGCUUCUACGUAUGCUACCUGCUGUGCCUGGGCCUGGGCCUGGCCUGCGUGGUGUGCGUGUGUUAUUGGAACCACCGGUGGCGUGGAGGUUUCAGGUGGGACGGCACGGCCCUGCAGUUCAACUGGCACCCAGUCCUGAUGGUAACGGGUCUGAUUGUGCUGUACGGCAACGGAGCUGUGUUGUACCGCGUCCCCCUGACCUGGGGUCAGAAUAAACUCCCCUGGAAGCUGCUGCAUGCCACACUGAUGCUCCUCGCACUGGUCCUGUCAAUCGUGGGCCUUUGUGCCGUGUUUGAUUUCCACAAUGCCAAAAACACUCCCAACCUCUACUCCUUGCACAGCUGGAUUGGGAUCGCUGCUACAGCUCUUUUCGCCAUACAGUGGGUGGUGGGUAUGGCUGGCUUCCUCCUGCCCUGCUCCCCCAUAUCACUUCGUACACUGCUGAAACCAGUACAUGUGUGGCUGGGAGGCAGCAUACUGUGGCUCAGCAUCGCUGCCUGCAUCUCAGGAAUCAACGAGAAACUCUUCUUUGUUCUCAAAGAGAACGGCAAUGGAACUCAGUCGUAUGCUAACCUCCCAGCCGAGGCUGUGUUAGGAAAUUCAUUAGGAGUUUUGAUUGUGGCCUUCGGCUUGGUUGUCCUAAAGAUUUUGUCCAACCAUAACUGGCAGCGACCAGACUCCAGGCCCGAGGACAUGGCUUACACGCCACUGCUUCAAGAAGAAAAUGAAUGAAGAAAAUUUCAGCGCAUCAGACCCGUCCAUGCAAAAUCAGUUUGGUAACUGUAGAUGGUGUGUGGCCUAAAAAAUGUUUGUUAAACAGCAUAAGUUCUAUUUUGGAUGUACAGGCAGCUGUGAGAAUUAUCUGUGUCUGUUGUGGAUGUCAAUAUUUAUUUGAAAUGAUAUUUAAGAUUGCUUUUGCGCCAAAGAAUAAAAAUUCCCAUGAUGCACUGGA